AUGUACUUUGUAGAAAAUGGAAAGUUCGACAAGAUUGUCCAGAAAGCCAUUAAAAACCAAUUGAUCCGGCAAAAUCGUAGCUUUGACUGGGGUCGUAGUGAAAAGAAUGAAAGACCUCAACAACUAAAAUGGAGUAAAAGCGUUGAUUCACCUACGCCCAAUGAGGGUGAUGAAAUUGAUAAUAGUGCAGAUCAAGACAAUUCUUCUACCCAUAAUUAUCGAAAAUUCGAUAGAAAUUCAUCGAUUCCGAAUCGAGAUUCGCCUAGAUCAAAUAAGAAGAUUACAAGGAAUAAGAAUGGUCUAGAAUAUAAUGUUCCUAAUCGGCCACCUAUAGUGACAAUCAAGGAGUCAGAUGGCGAUCAGGCAGUUCCGAUUGGUCUUCCAGGCAAAAAGGAUCGCUUGCAUCGUGCAAUCACUUCGGUAUUGAGUAAUAAUAGCGAUGAUAUCACUUUUGACGACAUGGAAGUAGCUCAAAUUGUCACUAGAGGCUUAUCCGAUCAUUUAGAUUUCGAUAUUAAUGAUGAUAUUGAAGCCCAUAUUAAGACCGCUCCAGUAAAGACUAAUAGUGAACAAGAAACACAGCAUAAUAGUGAUGGCCAAAGAGCUAAAGCCAGUAAUUCAUCCUUUGAUGCAGUUUCAACAUCUACAAGCUCAAAAGGAAGUCAAGAGAAUAAUACCAAUGACCGCCAAGGUUCUACAAUCAACUCCAGACCAUCUACAAUUCUAGAUCGACCAACACGCAAACUAUCGCAUGCCAUUACUAUCGAUCAAGAGACAUUUAAGCAUGGUGAUCAAAGUAGAAAUGAUAUAAAUCAAAAUGGGACAACAGGCACUUCGGAAACUACUCAAGAUAGUCUUCGUCGAGUUUCUAUUCCAGUUGUUGUUCAGCCACCAACUCCUAAAGCAACACAUAGACCAUUAGCCGCCAGUGGCAAGAAAAUAAAAGCAUUGCAGGAAGUGAUUGCGUCCAAUGAUAAAGUUGAAAUAAGCAAAACAGAAUCAGCUGAAAAAAACCUGCGAUCAACAAGCGCUUUUCAUGAUUUACGCAAUGCUACUAAGAGUGAUCCUACUAAGCUUUCUAUUGAACAAAUUAAGAAAAAAUAUGGUAAAAGUAUUGAGAAAACUCGGCGGGUAUCGUUCGAUGUUUCAGUUUUGAGAAAAAAGCAACAUCUCGAUCAAACUGAUACCUUGCGCUUACCUAAGCGUAACGGUUCUGGUCACGAUUGGAAAGAUCUUAAAAUCAAUCUAUCCAAUUCGUUAGGAUCAGGAGCGACCAAUACCACUAAUGCAACCAAUCCCAGUAGAUUGUCUUCAUCGACUGGAUUGACUAUAUCAGCUGCCAGUAGUACUAAGGAUAACUGGUUAACAGUGGAUCGUGAUUCGUUGAAAAAAAGGCGUAAAGAAGGAUCAUCGACUGAUGUUACAGUAUCCAACAAUAGUAAAAGUUUAGGUAGCAAGAAGACAUCUGAUCACUUAGGGGUUAACAAUUCUGUAACGAAACGACGAUCUUCUUAUGCAUUAGAUGGUAGAUCAAAAUCCAGCAAUGAAUUAAAAAAUAUAACUAUUAAUUUAGGGAGUGAUAAAAAGUCAUCAUCUACUUUACAAAUUGAUAUGAAACAAGUUUAUAAAAGUCUUAAGCGGCGAAAUAGUAGCAAUCGAAAUAUUAAAGCUUCUAUAGAGAGUACAUCAGUAUCAUCAGCUGAUGAGUUAAAACAGAGAGUUUUUGGUAAUCUAAUAAGCAAGGCGACAACAACGACAGCAGCAUCCACAGCAAAUACUACAACAACGAUAGUAUCUCCAACUUCAGCAACGGCAUCGGCAAUAGCCAGUGCAACACAAGCAAGUAAUCGAGCAUCAGAACAUCGUCGAAGGACUGAAGAUAUAACUAGGAGAUUUAACGAGAUUAAGAAUGCUAAUCGAGAUAGCAAGUUAAUGACAAAGGCCGCUAGCAAUAAUGCAAAUCCUAAUUUAAAUACGAGUAAUGAAGUAGUUAAAGCCACAAAUGAACAAGCAGAUAGCGAUAGCAAAGUCAAUUCUACUCAUAAACAUUCUAGAGUAGUUCGUCAGGCUUCCUAUCAGAAUGGUCAGGAAGUUAAAAAAUUACCGUUAACAAGAACCGAUGGCUACUCAUCCAUAACCGUGCUAACUCAAUCUGUUGAUAGUUCAAGUCAACGGCAGGAAAUUGUAACUUCUGGUGCAACGAAAGUAGAUAGUUCUGCCAAUACUAAUAACAACGCCAAACAUGCUACCAGCCACAAGGAUAGCCUUGCUAAUGAACUUAUCCACUCAAAUGGUAACGGAAAUCAUGUUAAUGACAAGAUGAACAAUAUUAUUGGUGAUCAUCUUCAAUCUGCAAAAUCAGCUAAUUCUCAUAAUAGCAAUCAUGCUACUGCUGAUAGCAGUAAUAUCAAUGUUAGUAAUGAUAAACCAAAUUCGACUACAAUUAAAAUUGCAUAUAGCGAUCAGUCUAGCUUUCAUCAUACGGAUAAUGCUAUACCGGCAGUUAAUGAUAGCAAGGCCAACCAGAAUACUCCCAAUAAUUUAAGUCAUAGUCACCAGAAUGAAGAUCAGUCCAGCAGUAAUGAUAAUCAAAAUAAUCAGAAACUUGGCUCGGUAUCUAAUAACACUAAUUCAAAUAGUACUAUUAAUAAUAAUAAUUCUACCCUUACUAAUAACAAGACUACAUCAAUACCUAAAAUUGGUCGAAGUAGAAAAUUACCCAGUAUUGAUUUAGCUGUUAAGAAUGUAUCUCCAUCAAGACCGACAUCAUCGACAACUUCCAUCUCUUCUGUUGCUUCCGAUGGUAUGGCUUUACCAACAUCACCAAUCGAAUCUCCAGUUUCUCCUGUGUUUGUAACGCCACCAUCGACACCAUUUGAAAUAAAAGAGUCUUCCAAUUUUACUUCUCCUUUAGCAAUGAUGGACAAUUUUGAGAUAUCGGAAGUGGCUGCAGAGUCACGAAUUCAGAGUCCUCCAUCCAUAAUGAUCGAGUCUCAUACUGGAGCAUCCUCAGUAUUUACUACUGCUCCAUCAUCGCCUGUUCAAUCGCCUGGAGAAACAUCAGCUCCAAGUCCACCAAAUGUCCUAAUAGAGCAAAAUAAAUUAUCAGAAAGCGAGUCACUAGGAAAUAAUGAAUAUCCUAAAUUACCAGCGCCACCACCACCUACACCAGCUCAAGAAUUAUCAUCAGCUCCAGUUUCCGAUCAAGAGAUCCAGAAACCAACAUCGCCUGUUACUGAUCAGGAGAGUCAGAAACCAACAUCUCCUGUUACUGAUCUAGAAGAAGCGAAAACAACGGGUAAAAUAUCCAAAUAUGAAGUAGCUGAUUUCUUUAGUCAAUUUACAUCGCAAUCCAGUUUCCAGCUACGUUCCAAAAGGGCAAAUAGUCUAUCGUUAGCGACAGGAAGGGAAGAAUCACCGAAUGAUGAUGUGAAAGCACCAGAAAAUCAACGAAGACGAAUGACCACAAGUGAUCCUCGUUAUAUUGAAAGAUUCAGAAAUUUAAAUAGGGAUUCUUCAAUAGAAAAUAACCAAGAACGGAUUGAUGCAAAAUCCACAUCCAGUGAUGAUCAUGAGGAAAAAGGUAGUGAACCGAAACAAACUUUACCUCGAAUAAUAAUUACAGCACCAGAUAGUGGCGAUCGGAAGAAACGCCAUAAUAGAGCCAUGAAUCCGUAUCAUCGACGAAAUCAAAAAGCUAAAAGUAAACGAUCCAAAGAGCGACGGGAGAGAAUAAGGCAAAAUCGUGAAGACAAGCAAAGUAGUUUAUCACCUACUAGUUCAGAAGAUGAAAAUAAUCCGGCUAAGCAAAAAGACGUAACUAAUUCCGUGUCAGCGGUAAAUGCUCACUUUUUAAGUGUGGAUGAUAGCGAUUGGGUAUCAGGCUGUUUAGGUAAAGAUAGUGAAUCGAGCUGUGAUGAACAUGAUGAGAAAAAGAAAAAGAAAAAGGGUAGAAAGCAUAAAAAAAGUAAAUCCAAUAAGGAAUCCAAGAAGAAAACGAAAAAAUCCAAUCAUAAGCAUGAAGAUUCUAUUCCGCCUAUGGAUAAGAAUGAAGAGGAUGAUAUUAUCAUACAGGAAGAAUUAGUGAAAAUUGAAAAUAAUUCAGUGGCACCAGCUGAACACCCUGAUGUAUUCUUUGAUUUUCAACUUAGUAGCUCAGUAAUAAAAUUAUUAAAGCUACUGGUCAAAGAAGAAGACAUAACUGGUAACACUAAAGUCUUUAAUUUAAUUGAGACGAACUUGGCUGAUGAGGAAGGCUUUUAUCCUUUAUUGGUAACUUUACAAAAUCAGUAUCAAGAAAUUAUCCAAGAUCAAAAUCAUAACUUAUCAUUAGAUAAGUAUGACACAAUCAAGGAACAGCUAGAUUUAAUUAGCAAUAUUCGAGAGGCUACAGAUAAUUACAUCGCCACGGAUGGUAUUAGCAACGAAAUUGUCCAAUUUCAAAAAGCAAAGAAAAUUCAAGCUGAACUGCAAGAGCUGUUAAACAGUUGUAGAUAUUAUUUCCAUGAUAAGUGUCAAAAUAUUAUUACCGAAGUGAUUGGCCAUAGUCAGCUUCCAGCAGAAUAUUGUACACUAUUAUAA